UAGGAAAUAUAUUAUUUCAUAUGCUCACGCAGCCAACAAAAGAGGUUUAACAUAAAAAAGCUCUUGGUUAUUACCAAGAAAUUUUUUUUUUUUUUUUUUGUUCACCAGUGACACAUAUACAUUAACAUUUCAUAUCUGAUUGAGUUUUCUAAAUAACCUAAAUAAUUAAAAUAAACCAAUUUUAAUUUCCAUCUCGCGAGAUUAUGCUGACCAGAUGAGGACCCACGAGCGGGGCUGUGAGGCCGAAGGAACCGGAGGGUCAAAAGUCAGGCUCCAGCGAAAUCGAGGUUGAGAUUCGGAGAGGGAUUCUCCGCACGGAUGCGACUUGAGGUGGCGGAGCAGACCGCCCUGACAGCGAUAGAAAAGUUACGACACCGUGGGGGAGCCGCAGGACCCUUGCAAAGCUAACGCAAGCUGUUCCUGUCGCUCGCAGGAUCACGAGCCCGACGACAGGGCGCAAAAGGCAUGCGCAAUACGCACCCCUCGCGGGGGGAUUGCGCCGUUGAUCACGCAUCGAGCGCGAUCCAAUUCGCUUUUGCGUUCCGACCGCCCAGGAGGAUCUCGAGAAGGCCCCGGCUGUGGAGAAGCGAGAUAGAACGAGACAGAGAGGCCGGAUGUCGUCGUAGCGGAUCUAGAAUCUAAAUGUCGAUGAGUUUGCAGGUGAGAGCAAACGGCAAUAAACGCGUAAACGCGUAAGCGCAAAUACAGAGAUCAUUAGGAGGCUGGGGCAGCAUGCAGGCGGACGAUGGUUGCACUUCGCAGCAGAAACGGCAGAGCGUUUCAACGCCGGACGAAUCGCAACAGAGCGUGCCGGACGGAUGGCCGUUCAGGAAGGCAAAAGCGGACCUAGUCGACAGCCACAAAGCGGUGAAACUCGAUUUGGAUCCGUGGGCUGACGAAUAUAAUAUGAAACAUAAGAGAAGAGGAACAGCGCUUAUACUAAACCAUGUCGAGUUCGAAAGCAUGCCCACGAGAAAGGGCUCUAUAAAGGACGCUCGGGACCUUGAGACAUCAUUAAAGAAGCUCGGGUUUGACGUUCGACCUUAUCUUAAUCCGUCGCUCAAAACCAUAAACAAAGUCUUAGAAUUGACCUCUGCGGAAGACCACACGGAUGCCGACUGCCUGAUCGUGGUCGCAAUGUCACACGGCGAAUCGGGUCUAUUGCAUACGACCGACUGCAUGUAUCCAGUCGAUAUGUUGUGGACUCCCUUCACGGCCGAUCGAUGCUCCAGCCUCGCCGGGAAACCAAAGCUGUUCUUCAUUCAGGCAUGCCGUGGGACGGAACUGGACAAAGGGGUGAAAAUUAUGCAUGAGACAGAUAGUAAAGGUACUACAUACAGUAUACCCACCUAUGCAGAUAUCAUGGUCGCAUAUUCUACUUACGACGGUUUUUACUCGUGGCGCAAUCCGGACUCAGGCUCCUGGUUCAUACAGGCAAUCUGCGAGGAGCUGGAACUUCACGGGCGCACCCGCGAUCUACUCACCCUAAUGACCUUCGUUAACCGCCGUGUCGCCAUCGAGUAUCAAUCCUAUGUGCCGCAGAACGAGAAAUUCCACGCGAAAAAGCAGAUCCCGUCGAUUGUCUCGAUGUUGACCCGCCUCGUGUACUUCCGCGAUAAGUUCACAGCGACACCGGAUGAUAUCGACGACAAAUCGAAGGAAAAGGAAGUUCAGGUCCGCGAAAAAGUAACGUAAAAGUGGCAAAACAUUCGCUCUUGAACGAACUUACGAUGAUGGAUUCUCCAACAAAAACCGACAGAUUGAUUCUACCCGAGUUGUUUUGAUACGUUCAACUUUUUGAGCAGUGAUUAUCGAUCCGGGCAACUCAUCGAACACGUUUGGAUUGUUACGAAUGAGUUCCAUUGUUACAUAAAAACUUUAAGAAUAUAGUACGCAAAAAAGAGAAAGAAAAAGACAAAUGUAUUUUUUUUAUUUAGGUAAGAAUUGUUCGUUUGUUGUAUUACAGAAAAAAUAAAUAAUAUUCUUUAAAAAAUUUAAAUAUCUAGAUUGUAAUUAAUUUAACCCUCUGUGUACAAAGGGUUAAAUACCUUUCAAAAUGAGAUUAUUUUACAUCUAAUAUAAUAUAAAAUGAUAUAUAAGAAUCAAUUUUGUAUCCUUUAUUUGAAUAAAAUGUAUUAUUAAAAUAUUUCAUUUAUAUUACUAAACAUUACAAACGCGCGCUUCGCGCGCACUAUUUGACUUGUUGUUUUUUACCCUUUAAAAAUUAAUUGUAACAAUAAUUGUAACUAUUAAAAUUUAUAGUUUGAUAGCUGAAAAACACAAAGUGAAACACAACGCACAUGACAACGAAAUAGCGAGACAGCCAAUUAGCAUCUCGGAAAAGCAACAAUAAUAUCAAUAACAUUUCCUUUUUAGAGAGGGAUAAUUGUUAUUUUUUAUUAAACUAAAUAGAACGUAAAAAGAGAAAAAAAAUUAUAGGCUAUAGAAUUAAUGAAUGCUUUUACAUAUUCCACUUUCCAUUUACAAAUGCGUUUACAAAUAAAUUCGUUAACAAAUUAUGAAAUAUCAUGGAAUGUAUGCUUGAUAACGUUUAAUAAAGUAAAAUAAAUCGCUAAAGCGCAUUAACUAAUACACUCCGAAUUAUUAUAUUAUAAUUAAGUUCACUGUAUUAUUCUUAAUUAGUAUGCUAAUUAGGUGCAGAUUUUCAUAACGCGGUAAAGGUUGUUAUCGUAAUGGCUAAGAAUAAUAAUAAGUGACGUUCCUCGCUUGUUCAAAUUCAUCUUGAGGUAUAUCGAUCGUGAUGUACUGACACGUGAAACAAUGCAAAGAAAAUGCUAUUUACGAAUCGUUAGUCAAUAUUUUUCCUUACACAAAAUUUAAUUAGUAUUUUAAGACAGUCAAUUUAAUUUACUAGAAAAGAUUGCGUCCACUUAAAAUUUUCUCAAGACUAUGCGCGACAGGAAAAUUUCUUGAGCCGGACUUGAACUCUAAUUGAACGGGAAUUGCUUGGGGUGUUUGCUCACGAGAAAUCGGUAGGAACUAAUUCUGCCCCCCUAAUACAUCCCUCUGGUGAACCGACAGGGAAGAUCCUGGGGUCUAUUAACCGCAAUGCGUGCGAUUGCGAUGGCAUGUUCAACGUCAGAUUAGAUACCUGCGGUCAAAGGAGUUAGACGCUAUUAACCUUUGUCUUGGAAGACGCGAAGUGGAAUCCACGAAUUAUGCCGUUAACCAAAUACUAUCGCGAAAUGUAAUCUCCUCCGUGCCCAGAGUAAAUCGAUCUGUGGCGAUAAUACGGACAACUUGUACAGCCUAGCAGAGAGAAAUCUUGGCGUCACUUAAUCGCGCUGAGUUGUCAUAUGGUGGCAUAUAUUACAGAUGUCUUUACCAUAAUAAACGGUAAAUAAAAAUAAUAACAAGUUAUUAUUAAAAAUAAAUUUAAAAUGUACAUUUGUCCGCCGUAACAUUUAACGAUAUAUCUAUAUUGAUAUACCGUUAAUUGUUACGGCGGACAAAUGUACAUUUCAAAUUUAUUUUUAAAAUCAAAAUAUUUUCACAAAUUUUUCGAAUUUUUUUUCAAUCCACUUCGUAUUUUGUAUUACACAUAUUUUGGAUGCAGUAAAAAAUUUUUUAAUAUUACUAAAAAUUGAUGUUGCCGACAAUACAUUGUUUUAUUCGUAGUUCAAUAAAAUUUUUAAUGUUUCGUUAUAUCGGCUGAAUAAUCUAAAAAAUCAUAUAAAAUAAAUCUUAUUUCAUCUUUAGUAUAGUUUUUUUUUUUUCCAAUAAAAUAGAUUUCGUUGCUAAUUGACAGUAUUAUUGAUUAACGUAGAGAAGGAAAAAAAAAGCAAAAAUCCUAUUAAAACUAUGAAACAAUUGUGCGAAAUAUUACACUAUUCUAAAUGUAACGUUAGCUCGCAGAAUUUUAAAAACAAAGAAUAUACUGUAUAUAACCAUUUGUUCACUAACUGAAACAAUUGAAAAAAAUUAUGAUUGAUUUUUUACAUAAAUAAACUACAUAUUUAACAAAAGACUAGUUUUUAGUCAGAACUCAAUAAAAUUUAAUUUAAUAGAACAUAGAAAAUAUUUUCCUUUCAUGACGUUAUUGCAGGAAUUUUUAAUGGCUCGCGAUCUAGUAAAGGAUCAUGAAAAAUUUUACAGCCAUAGGGUAGGAAAUUUUAAUACCAAAUUUCAAAAUAAAUUAUAAUUAUCAAACUUCUUGUGCGUAUGAAAAUUCGCAUCGAUAUCGACAUCAAAGCUGUCAUCAACAGAAAUGGAAAAUAAGUGCAUGCUUGAUUGCUUCAUACUACUUGAUACUUUAUACUUCAUUAUGUAUUAAAGAGAGAGAGAGAGAGAGAAAAAUAGAUUUACAAAUUUAUAUUUAUAAUAAAAAAUUAAAAAUAAAAGCGAUAAAGUAAUUUAAAUAAAUAAUAAACUUUAUCCCUCCUCCCGUACUUUUCAUAUUAAAGUUUGAUGAAUCGUAGAUGUUUGCCGUUUCAAAAAAAAUAUCGCGGUACACAUAAUAAACGUACUUUUAUAAGUUUUGUCUUUCUUAAAAUGUAAAAUAAUAUUUUGACACAUCUUUAUCCUGUAGCGUCUAGAAAAUAAUCUAUCACGGAUUCCGAAAUUAUCGUUCGCAAUCUGGAAUCUACUUUCAGAAAAACGAACGCACCACAGUAGAAGAACGGUAAAGUGAACCGAAGGCGGUAAGAAGCGAUUCAAUCACUGGCGCCGAGAAAGGGUCCAGCUGUCGAGGAAAUUCUUCAAACCGUUUUGACUUUCUGGCUGGCAAUUGGAACGAUUGCGAAUCGAUCCUAUCUCCGCGCGAUGUUAAGUGGAGCUCUCGAAGAGCGAACCCUCGAAUCUAUGCGGAUGGCUUGUCUGAAAUGCGAUCGAAAGGGAUUUCGGUUUGGCCCUCUUGUCUCUUUAUCACGGCUGGAGUACACCGCGUCAAGUAGAAACCACUUCGUUCGACGAUCGUAUCGUUGAUUCGAUCGAUAUCGAUGCAUACAAGAGUUGCGCGUGAUAUACAACUCUGCAUACAAACGAUAACGAGCGCGCCGCGUUCUCCCCCCCCCCCCCCUUUUUUUUACAAUCCGAGGCGUUCGAUAUUUUAUAGCUUACUCACCGCCGGCAACAUUAAGCUUCCUUUCGCGUUUUUUCUUGCUUCUUCGUAGCGGCGGAAUGCGUUGACUUUCCCCCGCCGUAAAUAUGCAAACAACGCCGAUAUAUCUUUUUCAUAAACCACCAGCCGCCAUUUUGCGAUUUUUUUUAUAAAAAGCGAUUAAUGCGGAAAACCGUGAAAUCGUGUAUUUGACAGGAGAGGCACGUGAAAAAAAUAUAUUUACGUGCAUUGCUCAUCACGAAUCUCAUAACGUUUGAACCUUUAAAAAGAGAGCAACUUGGACACUUCAAUUCGAAAUAUAUAUCGCGUACGUAAGGUAACUUAAACAGAUAAAUCUACGAAUUAUCGAAUUGCAAACGAGAAAAACGUUUUCUUCCUCUCUCGCCAAAUAAAGAGAAUCGAAAACGCGAGUUACGGUGUGCGGUUGCAAGUAGUAGUAUUUCAUCUUCGAGCCAGCCAGCUUCGACUCGACUAGCAAUAAAUCAGUCCCUUACAGGCGGCUGUAUCAUCGAUAUAUUUUAUAUACUGCACCGGAAGAUAAGUUACAAGAUGUUGCGCGGCGCGAUACACGUGCCCGCCGAACGUCAUAAUUUUAGACUCGCGCAACGAUAGUUAAUCCGCACCGCCCACCAUUCCACGCGCCGCGGAAAAUCGAAGCUGCGAUCGCACGAUACCCCAGCGCCCGUGUUCUUACAGCUAAUCACCCAUCUCUCCCUGCGGCGCAAUCUGCACUACAUCCGAUGUAAUUGUAGCAAAAUGAAGGCAACGUACCGAGCAUUCCGAGACGACGUCACGGCGGUAAACUAAGGCGCCAUUCGUCUUAAUCUCAUUUACAAGCUUCGCGCGGGUGCGACUGAGCGCUCGUGGCUGUAUACGUAACAUUCUGUCCCGCUCUCGCAGGUAUUACUAUUUCGGUUUUGUUUUGAUAGAACGGUGUGCUCGGUGAAAUACGAUGCAGUGGGUAAGAGCAACCGCUCUUAGAGGAAUCGCAUUCGCCAUUUUAUCAACUUACUCAUACGUACACAUAUACAUAUAUACGUGUGCUCCCAGUAAUCCCUGUCACUUGGAAUUCAGAAGAAAUUGCUACCAAUUCUAUUACAUGCGAGCAAAAGUAAAGUGUACCCAUAUAAAAGUACAUUAGCCCAAAAAAAAAAAGUUAUUUUACAAUUUAAAUAAAAUAAUCUGUUCUCUUUUACACACACAUUGACUUACCAUUAGGCGAUAGGGGACGAUCAAUAAACUCAAAGCUCGAUUUUCCCAAUGCAAAAAAAAAAGGAAAUUAACUCUUGCGGUAUAAUAUAAAAAAGGGUAUUGAUCCGAUGGAUAUCUCGCUUUGACCACUUUUUCAUCUGUUUAAAAUGGUUUUUAAAAAUUUGCAUUUUUUUUUAAUUUCCGGAAAUGUCUAUACUUUUGAAGAAAAAGGCAAAAUGUAGUAUAAUUUAAUUGUCUUUGAAAUUUUUAGAAACUUUGGAUAAUUAGAAAUCGAACAGAGAUGAAAUACUUAUGAUUAAGCCUUAAAGACUAAGGCCGAAAUAAUGCGAGGACGAAUGUUAAAUUUGUAAUAUAUUCGCUUUUAAAAGAGAAUAUUAAAAAAGAAUAAUCGUUUGUUUCGGCUACAUUGAGCCUUUAUUACCCUUCCAUGUAAUUGCUAUAGCUACGACGUCAAUGAACAUUGAUGAAAAAUUGGCAUAACCUACAUCGCCGAAUAAAUUGCUUCCAAUAACCACAAACGAAUGAGUUGAAUAGAGCUUUUAGAAGUUGAUACUAUAUUACUCCUGCCAAAUUUACUUUGUACUUUUCGUAAAAAUUAAAUUAUUAUUAUUAAUUAUUUCAAACUUCGUCCUCUCAAAUUUUAAAAUGAGAACAAUAACCUGUAUGUUUCUAUUAUAUUAAAACUUUUAUCAGAGAACAAAAAUGUGUACAGUGCGCGUAAGUUAAAAGCGCAUUAAACCAAUAAAUUAAAGUAAUGAAAAUUAAAGAUUAAAAAUUAAAAGACCAAUAAAAAAACCAUAUCUGAAAUCAAACGUGUAACAAAUUAAACAAAGCCGGAACAUGUACGAUAAAACAAUGUAAACUGUCGCCUACAAGAUAACAGUUUACUUUAUUUUAUUAUACAUAUCCAGCUUUAUUUAAUGUUGUUAAAUAUCCGACAUCAAAUGUAGCCUCUUAUUGACCUCAUAAUUUUUAAUCUCUAAUGAUUAACUUUCAACACUUUAAUUUAUACAUUUUUAUUUCGUCGGCUUUUUAAUUUGUACGCAAUGCUUUCAGCUGAUAAGUCUCAUUACAACUGAAAAAUAUAGUUUAUUCUCAUUUAAUAGUGAAAGGAUAAAGUUGGGAAGGGGGGAAGAUUAGUAAUAACUUUUUACGGAAAUUGCGGUAUAACGACAAAUCUGGCGAGAGCGAUUCAAUUUUCAAAAGGUUCAUUCAAUUCAUUCGUUUAUGAUCAACGGAAGUAAUUUCAUUCGGCGUCACCGCGCGCGCGAGGCAGAUUAUGCCAAUUUCUCACCAAUGCCCAUUGACAUUGCGGUUAAAGCAACUAUAUGGGAUCCCGCCACGCAAGAUUGACUGUCACUAUUGACCGACGCUAAUUUGCCGGUCGUUAACACGCUAAUAAAACACAUCGCGGAACAACGCGUCGCGGGAGCGACGGGUCAGGUCGGCGUGAAGGGUUAGUACGGUCGCAGAGUGGCGCGAAUUAUUGCGAACGGGUGGGACAUGUCUCCGCCAUUCGACACCGGAGGAUAUAAUUCCGUUUUGAUCCGCGAAUUCGCCUUUCGGUACAUCGCGAUGGCGCUGGAUCGCUGGAUGAACCGGCUCGGCUGGAAAGUUUUGACGCGAUCACCGACGCGUUAUCGAUCAGCCGUCGGCCGGCAACCCGGUCAGCACUUUCCCCACGUCGCGUCGACAACCAGGUAAUCUUUUUGUCGACCCUCUUUCGACAUGCGAGCCAUAAUUCCGGACCGACGGGAUAUCCUUCGGGCGUCGCGUCGUUGUCACCGCGUAAACGCGGUCGCUGUUUUUUUUUCCCCCUCCCUUUUUUUCCCCGCCCCGCAACGCGGCGGCGCAACCCCAAACGCCGGGAUCGCCGAUGCGUUGCCGCUACGUUCGCGCGAGAGAGUGCUGAGAAUCAUCCCCAUCGGGCACACACCACCUAUAUCCCUUUUGAUAUCUAUGCAAAAUAAAACUUCGGUUUUCCGAUACGUUUCAUCCGCGGCUUUCAUUUUUGCCAUGUUUUACGGCGUGUCGUUGAUUACAUCGCUCUUCAGCUGUAACUGUAACGUCAAACGGCGAGUCGGGAGAUGUAGCACGCUCCGGUUAUACCUCUGCAAAAAAAUGCUGAGAAUGAUCUCCCUUCCCCCCCCCCUGUAACACUCCUGUCACAGCCAUGCAUUUGAUGUAUUUUCAUUCAUGCUGCACUUUACAACAUACACUCACGAUUAUUCGCGCGUUCAUUUAUCAGCGUUAGAUUCACAAUUUAUCCCGAGUGUUUGUACGACAAGUUUAAAAACGACCCUUUGCGGACUUUUAUGGCGACUAUAUGAAAUAGAACUCCGGCCUUCCGAAUAUAUAUUUCAUCUAUUUGCAUACUCGCCAUGUUUCACAGUAUUGCUCAUUAUAUAUUUUUUUAAUAACAAUUCACCAGUUAAAGGUCGAGUAUCUUAUGUAAAAUUUUUAUUUCAGAAAACAUUAUUGCGAAAAUGUUAAAAAUAAUUUUUCUUAUACGAUAUAUAUAUGUAGCAAUAAUAAUAAAAUUUCAUUGAUACUUCUGCGCAUUUUAUUCAUUUAUUAUAUCACUUAUUUGUUUUGCGAUUUUUGAUUGUAUCCUUUGUAGUUUAGUAAUAAUUAAGUAAUAAAUGACUCAAAUUAUAACUGUAUCUGCAACGGUAUUUACAUAUAAAAUUAAAUAAAACUGUCCUUUUAAUUAUACAUUAAUUAAUAAUUUAUUAUCAUGUUACAUUUGCAUAAUCUAUUAUUGUAUUUAUUUAUUAUUGUUUAACAUAAAACUUCAAUGCCAUUUUGAAGAAAUUCACGUUUAAAAGAUGGAUGUUUAAUCCGUAAUUAUUCUUAAAAAAAAGAAAACAAAAUGUCUAAUCAUAUAUUCUAACUGAGCCCGAAAAGCUAGAGCUAAAAAUUUUGCUGCAGAUAAUGAUUUUAUGGAAACGUAAGAGGAACUCGAAAAUUCAAGAACAGCGAAUUCAAGAGUAUAAUAAACGUCCCGUCGAAAUGUCCGAAUGCAUGUGAGCGUUUUGAAUUAGCGAUAUUGGGACGGAAAUUCGGUAUUUCGAGAAAGGAGAGAUAGCUGGCCUCAGCGGAACUCGCGGUAAGCGGGUUUUAUUUAUGGGGAUGGAAGAUGUAUCUUUCGUUGUCGCUCGACGUUUUCGAAAUGCAGCUGAGCCAAUUACUGAGAUUCCGCUUAACGUCGGCGGUGGUGCGCGCACGCAAAAAGAGAAGGCGAUACCCGCAUUUACUCAGCCAUCGCCAUUUGUAAAAUAUCCGUAUUUGAAGCUGCUGUACGGUUCGCCACUCGAUGGAACAUGAAGUGAAUUACACUAGCACUUAAUUCGCGGUAAAAAGUAAAACGUACAAAUGAGAAUCCAAGUCGCGAUCUAUAUAUAGAUGUACCUAAUUCAAUUGAAAAAGAAUAUUAAUUUCCUUAUCGAUUUUUAUUCUGUAAAUAAAGUGCUUUUGAAUUUCCACCGCGAUGUUCGAGAAACGUUAACUCUAAAGUGUUACUGUGAGGUGCCAAUUCAAUUUAGUACAGUUUUUGUAAUUAAAAUUUAAAUUUAAUUUAAAAUAAUACUUAAUAAGAUUCUUUCGCAUUUUAAAAAA